UAACAAGCACUUAGAUUAAUUCACAAGAAUCCAAUGAAUAAUAUGGCCUUUUUUGUGAACAUGCCUAGAACAAUUGUUCUUCUCCUACUUCUCGUUUUGUCACCACCAUUAUUCACUCACCCAGCCAAAAAAUUUGUUCUAGCAGACUACAAAUUGAUUAAAACUUUAUGCCACGAAGCUGAGACACCUAAAACCUGUUUGAGUUGUGUGCGAUCUUCUAAAGGGUCAUUGCAAGCUGAUGGUGUUGGAAUAGCCAUAAUCAUUGUGAAUUGCAUGAUGGACAAGGCAAAUGCCUUGAAACUCAACAUCACAAACUUGGCUUCCACGUCACAUGGAAAUCAAAAGUCCAUUUGUGAAAGAUGCAUAGAAGACUUCAAAAUUGCUGAGAAAGAGUUAGUUUUGGCUAAGAAUGCCUUGCAUGAACACAAAUAUGGAGAAGCUGGUUCUUAUGUGGAUAAAGCUUUGAGUUUUGGUGUUACUUGCCGCACGGAUUUGAAGAGUUACCAUGACAAAGUGCCAAGUGAUGUUUUUCGUGAUAUGAAGAUAUUUGUGGAGCUCUAUAAGGCUGCCUUUGCAAUAAUUUUAAAGAUUUAAGAGUUGAUUUAACAAAAUUGUUAAACUUAUUUAUUGGUUCUUGGUCAACUCUUGUAAUUGAUUAAAAUAAAUGGAGUUUGUUUAUUUGAUUACUA